UAUUUAUCGGGAGUUUAGCCUACAUUUGUUUAUCAGUGUCUUUUCAAUUUAGUUUGAGAUUAUUUUUUUUUACAUCAAAUGUGGCUUCUUGGUUCAACUCCUGAAGUCAUGGAAGAGCGCCUGUCACCUUCUGCAUGUUUCGUCCGGAGCCCCGGUAAUAAUCAUAACACCGCAGCAGCGAGGGUUCACAGUAUUGAAGCAAUAUUGGGAUUUAAAGACGAAAACAUAUUUAAUCAAUCUGUCUCCUACAAUGGAUCAUCAGGGAAACUCGCCGAGCUGAGAGGGAACGGAAUUAUGUCAUCCCUGAAGAAAGAACACAACACGGAAAGUUUUGACAGUAAGUGACACUGCAAUAUGUUUCAAGCUAGAAGCCUUGUUAAAAAGGUGAUUUAAAAUGGUUAAAUCUUGAUUGAUUCUAAAUGUUAUUUUUCACAACAGUAGGCUACUUAUUCCAUGUUUAUAAAUAUCUGUCAGUAGACUUUUGAAUCAGAGUAAAAAGUCACACAUAAAGGCAAAUACAAUUUCAGAAGUUCAUAAAUUGAUCUAGCCUAUAAUGUGUUUUUCAGGUGUCUGCUGCAGCAGUUCGGGGGCCUCUGUUAGUCCUGAUUUACCUGACGGGGAGGAUAAACUGUCCGAUGAUGACAACCCAAAGAAAAAGCACCGGCGCAACAGGACCACGUUCACAACCUUUCAGCUGCAUGAGCUGGAGAGAGCGUUCGAAAAGUCGCACUAUCCGGACGUCUACAGCAGAGAGGAGCUCGCAAUGAAAGUGAAUCUUCCGGAGGUUCGAGUGCAGGUAAUAUAGAUAUGAGCAAACUUGACAGACUCUUUGCUGUGGUAAUGAUGUUCGAUUCUGUUUUUAAAAGAAAACAGAAAGUUAUAUUUUAUUAAGGGGCUCAACAGAAGUUCAACUAUUCCAAAAUACCUUUCUCUUAUUUGUGGGACAUUUAAUAAUUUAUGAUUCUCAAAUAAUAUUUUGUGGAAUGCGUGGCUCGUGAAAGAAGCAUGAAUUGUCUGGACUUGAAUAGUCAGCUUUUUACAUUUAGGCCUAGACACAACAAUAAUGUCAGGUAAUAGGCAUAAUUCCUAAAUUCAAAGUCCCGCUGCAGUUUAUUAACUUGUAAGGAAUGUACUUAGUCAAUUGUCACAUAUUAGUAAGUAUAGGCUACUUGGAUGUUAACCGUAGGAUAUUUGAUGAUGAUAGACCGUUAAUUGUUAGUUUAAACGUUUAAAGCGUUUGUAUUUGAAAUUAGCAUCACAUAGGAUGUUAUCUAUUCAAAAUGUAUUCAAUUGGUCUCAUAUAUGUCGUUAAAAUAUGUAAAAAGGAGUUAAUUUAUCUUAAAACUUCUCAUUUAGUUUAGGACCUAUAUACUUUUUAAAAUAGGCAAAAUUACACUAUGUAGAUUUUCUCCUAAGCAUUUUACUAUCAUCACUAAUUCUCAAUUUAUUUAGAACAUGUAGCCAGCAAACAUUCUCUCAAAUAUAUAUAUAUAUAUAUAUAUAUAUAUAUAUAUAUAUAUUAGGCCUAUAUUUGUUAAUAUUUUCAGUUAGUCAUAUCAAGCAAUUCCAUUUUAACGUUUUCUUUAUUAUUUUGAUUAUGAACGUGCUUUUUUAAAUCUAUAAAAUGUCCAAUAUGUAUUAAUAACAUGACAAUAACUAUUUUAUUACACCAAGGAGGACAGUCAACAUUAAUAUUCAAUAUGUUUUCCCAUUAUAGAUAUUAAAUGCAAAUACAUUAUUUCUCAAAUAGCCUACCAAAGUUGUACUUCAUUUUUGGAGAAUUAGGCAAUUUAGUUUAUUUGAUUUGACACAGGAAAGUUUUUUGGAAGUUGACAUGUUUUGGCAAAGGGGUCAAUCUCAGCAGAUAAGCUCACUGAUUGUCUGAUUUCUUUCAUCUUACCUUCAGCUGUUUUAUCAUUGAUAGCGUUAAAUGUAGACUAUUUCAAUAUUGUCAUGAUUUGUUUAAAAUGGCCCUGAAAUCCUGUUUUAGCAUGUAAUCAUCCUUUCCGCUGUUCUCAUAAUAUUGCAUUUCAGAAUGUCUAAUCAGAAUGUUGUGUGGUUCCAGAAUGACUGAUCAGAAUGUCUGAGUUCUAGAAGAUCUAAUUUUGAAUAUUGUAAUGAUCCAGAAUGUCUUAUCAGAAUGUUGUGAUGAUUCUAGAAUGUCUAAUCAUAAUGUUGUGAUGAUUCCAUCUCAGGUGUGGUUCCAGAACCGUCGGGCCAAGUGGCGUCGCCAGGAGAAGCUGGAGGUGAGCUCCAUUAAGCUCCAGGACACCUCCUCUCUCCUGUCCUUCAGCCGCUCCCCUGCCCAGUCCUUGUGCUCUGGACUGCAGCUGGAGCCAUGGCUCAGCACUGCCAUCACCACCACCCCCCUGCAGUCCCUACCCGGCUUCAUUACCAGCUCCUCUCAGGGCCUCCCAGGAGCCUCCAGCUAUUCCCCUCCACCCUUCCUCAACUCCCCCAGUUUCGGACACCAUAACCUGCCUCACAUUGGUUCUACGCGUCCUCUUCCUCCGCCCCCAUACCAGUGCACCGUGGCUGGGUACAUGGAGAAGUUAGUUAUGGAAGAGACGGAUCCUCGUAAUUCUAGUAUUGCAUCUCUGAGGAUGAAGGCUAAGGAGCAUGUUCAGUCUAUUGGGAAGACA